AUGCCCACGCGGUUCGCGGGUAACCCAACCUGCACAGUAAGCACCACGUGCCAUUACCUCUUCGCAAAGGCCUUACAACCCGUCAACGAGACCACCAAGUUCGUUUCAGGAACUGGCAAGUGCUUUUCCAAGACCCGACGGCUCCCCGGCCGAUGCUCGUCUGCAGCUCCUCGCUCGAUAUGGCAUGCCGUCUACGGCAGAUUAUAG